CACACACACACACACACACACACACACACACACACACACACACACACACACACACACCUGGAGGCUUCUGAGGGGAGGACAGCUCAUAAUAAUGUCCAGAAUGGAAUGGCAUCAAACCCCCCCAUAAAAUAAAAAACAUUCGUUUGAAUACAUUCCAUUGACUCCAUUCUAGACAUUAUAAUGAGGCGUCCGCCCGUCAGCAGUCUCCACUGACACACACACUCCAGAGGGUCAGAUACCAACUAGAUGUAGAAAUGCAGCUGUCUCUUAGCACUAGUCAUGUGUUUGUUGAUGUAUGUUGGUGUCACGCCCUGACCUUAGUUAUCUAUGUUUUCUUUAUUCUUUUGGUUAGGUCAGGGUGUGACUAGGGUGGGUAUGCUAGUUUUGAAUUGUCUAGGGUUUUUGUAAGUCUAGGGGUUUUAGUAGGUCUAGGUAUUUGUAAGUCUAUGGUGGCCUGAUUAUGGUUCCCAAUCAGAGGCAGCUGUUUAUCGUUGUCUCUGAUUGGGGACCAUAUUUAGGGAGCCAUUUCUCUUGGGUAUUUGUGGGUUCUUGUCUAUGUGUAGUUGCAUGUCAGCACUCAUUUGUAUAGCGUCACGGUUUGUUUUGUUCGAUGUUCAUUCUUGUAAUAAAGAAGAAUGUACGCAUACCACGCUGCGCCUUGGUCUCCUCCUUUUGACGGCCGUGACAGUUGGUCAUAGUCUUGGACACUUCCUGCUUGAAGACAAGCUUUCACCUUUAGCUCUUUGAAGUCUGAGUUGUUCUACUUUGGAAUUGUACAGAUCACAUCAGCAUCCCUUUCUAAAGGAUCAUCUGUUGUAUCUGUUGUACACUCCAAUUGGAAUUGCCUCACUUUGUUAUGUCAUAGAUUUAAAUCAGUUAUCAUGUUGGAACUUGCUGUCAGAACACCUUACAGUGUUAACCCGACCACAAGGCACUACAGAGGCUAUUGUGUACGGCCCAGUACUGCCAUCCAGGACCUCUAUACCAGGCAGUGUCAGAGGUAGGCCCUAAAAAAUUUCAAGACUUCAGCCACCAUAGACUAUUCUCUCUGCUACCGCAAGGCAAGUGGUACCGAUGCACCAAGUCUGGAACCAACAGGACCCUGAACAGCUUCUACCCCCCAAGCCAUAAGACUGAUAAAUAGUUAGUUAAGUAGUUAACCAAUAGCUACCCGGACUAUCUGAGUUAACCCUUUAUGCACUCUUUACUGUUUAUCAUUUACUCUGUUGCCUAGUCACUUUAUCCCUACAUAUAUGUACGUACAUUUGGGGCUCCCGAGUGGCGCAGAGGUCUAAGGGUAGAGGUGUCACUACAGAACCUGGUUUGAUUCCAGGCUGUAUCCCAACUGGCCGUGAUUGGGAGUCCCAUAGGGCGGCUCAUAAUUGGCCCAGCGUCGUCCGGGUUUGGCCGGUGUAGGCCGUCAUUGUAAAUAAGAAUUUGUUCUUAACUGACUUGCCUAGUUCAAUAAAGGUUAAAUAAAUUAUGACCUUGUACCCCUGCACAUCGACUCGGUACUGGUUCCCCGUAUAUAUAGCCAUGGUAUCAUUACUCAUUGUGUAUUUAUUCCUUGUGCUAUUAUUUGUCUAUUACUUAUAUUUUCUGUCUGUCUGUAUUGUGGGAUAGGACCGGUAAAUAAGUAUUUCACUGUUAGUCAACACCUGUUGUUUACGAAGCAUGUGACAAAUAAUAUUUUAUUUUAUUUGAUAAUUGAUUCAAUGCAUAAUGAAGGCUUAAUCAAUACUAUUUUUAAUAAUUUAUCUCUGUCUACAUCUUAUCAAAGCUUGAAUAGUGCCAGGUGGGAUUAGUUUGGAAGGAUUGGAAUGUCUUGUUUCAGAAUGUCAUGGAAAGUGUUAUGUUAGUCAAUAGCUGUGGAUAGAUCUUGUUAAACAACCGUGCUGAGGUCCAGGCUAAGGUGCCCUUCGUCUAAACUGGAAUGACACUAAUGCAGCACAAGGGUGAACUGGUAUUUUUCCACAGUCCCUGCCACCAGACACCUACCCAGCUGGACAGCUUAGCUCAGUGCAGUGCAGUGCAGAGCAGGGUAGGGUGGAGAAAAAGGGGCCAUCACUAAUGUCACUGUCAAUAUACUUGAUCUGUGCUUGAUUGAGCUUGUCUGUUGCAAUGGAACCAAAAGAAAUGUUUAAAAAAUGGCAAACCCCACCACAGACAACACAAUUAAGUAUUUUAUUUUAAUCCCACUUGGUUAUCAAAAAAAACAGUACAACAGGCAGACAGAUCAUUUGUUUUCAGAGGAGAGUAGCAAAUGAUUAAUUUAUAAGUGUCUUGAAAGCGAGAGGGAGAUAGUGGUUAAUCAACAGCUAAAGGGGGGUAGUGGGUUAAUUGACAACUAAAGCGAGAUAGCUAGAGGGAGACUGUGGAUUUAUUGCUAGCUAGAGGGAAUCAGUGGUUUUAUUGCCAGCUAAAGGGAGAUCGUGUGUGUAUUGACAGAUAGAGGGAGAUAGUGGAUUUAUUGAUAAACUAAAGCGAGAUAGCUAGAGGGAGACUGUGGAUUUAUUGCCAGCUAGAGGGAAUCAGUGCUUUUAUUGCCAGCUAGAGGGAGAUCGUGUGUUUAUUGACUGAUAAAGGGGGAUAGUGGGUUUCUUGACUAGAUGGAGACAGUGGGUUUAUUGACAGCUACAGGGAGAUAACUACAGGGAGAUAGCAAGAGGGAGACAGCUAGAGGGACAUAACUAGAAGGAGAUAGCUAGAGGGAGAUAGUGGAUUUAUUGACAGCUAGAUGGAGGGAACUAUAGGGUGAUAUCUAGAGUGAGAUAGCUACAGGGAGAUAGCAAGAGGGAGACAGCUAGAGGGAGACAGCUAAAGGGAGACAGCUAGAGGGAAAUUGCUAAAGGGAGACAUAAAGAGGGAGGUACUAGGUUUUUUGACAGCUAGAGGGAGACAGCUAGAGGGAGAUAGUAGGUUUAUUGACAGCUAGAGGGAGAUAUGUAUUAGAUCGUGGGUUUAUUGACAGACAGAGGAAGAUAGCUAAAGGAUAUAGUGGGUUUACUGAUAACUACAAGGAGUGAGUGGAUUUAUUGAUAGUGGGUUUAUUGACAGCUAAAGGGAUACAUUGAGUUUAUUGACAGCUAGGGGGAGAUAGCUACAGGGAGAUAGCUAUCGGGAGACAGCUAGAGGGAGACAGUGGGUUUAUUGACAGCUAGUGGGAGACAUUGAGUUGAUUGACAGCUAUAGGGAGAUAGCUACAGGGAGACAGCUACAGGGAGAUAGUGAGUUUAUUGACAGCUAGAGGGAGAUAGGAUAGUGGGUUUACCGUCAGUUAAAUGGAGAUAGCUAGAUGGAGAUGUGUAUUCACAGCUAUGUGGAGAUAGCUACAGGGAGAUAGCUACAGUGAGACAGCUAGAGGGAGAUAGUGGGUUUAUUGACAGCUAUAGGGAGAUAGGAUAGUGGGUUCACUGACAGAGGGAGAUAGCUAGAGGGAGAUAGUGGGUUUAUUGACAGCUAGAUGGAGACAGUGGGUGUAUUGACAGCUAGAGGGAGACAAUGUGUUUUCUUGACAGCUAGAGGGAGAUAGCUAGAGGGAGAUAGUGGGUUUAUUGACAGCUAGAAGGAGACAGUGGGUUUAUUGACAGCUAGAAGGAGACAGUGGGUUUAUUGACAGCUAGAGGGAGACAGUGCGUUUCUUGACAGCUAGAGGGAGAUAGCUGCAGGGAGAUAUCUAGAUGGAGACAGCUAUAGGGGGAUAGCUAGAGGGAUUUAGUUAAAAGAAGAUGGUGGAUGUAUUGACAGAUAGAGGGCGACAGCUAGAGGGAGAUAGCUAGAGGGAGACAGUUAGUUUAUUGACAGCUUGAGGGAGAUAGCAACACAGAGAUAACUAGAGGGCGUUAGCUAGAUGAGGAUAGUAGGUUUAUUGACAGCUAAAGGGAGAUAGUGGAUUUAUUGACAGCUAGAAGGAGACAGUGGGUUUAUUGACAGCUAGGGGUAAAUAGAGGGUUUAUUGACAGCUGGAGGGAGAUAGUGGAUUUAUUGACAGCUAGAGGGAGAUAGUGGGUUUAUUGACAGCUAAAAGGAAAUAGUGGGUUUAUUGACAGCUGGAGGGAAAUGGUGGGUUUAUUGACAGCUGGAGGGAGAUGGUGGGUUUAUUGACAGCUAGAGGGAGAUAGUGGGUUUAUUUACAGCUAUAGGGAAAUAGUAUGUUUAUUGACAACUAGAAGGAGAUAGCUAGAGGGAGAUAGCUAUAGGGAGAUUGUGGGUUUCUUGACCGCUGGAUUGAGAUAGCUAGAGGGAGACAGCUAGAGGAAGAUAGCUAGAAGUAGACAGCUAGAGGGAGAUAGCUAGUUGGAAAUAGAAAAAGAGAGAUAAUUAAUUGACAGCUAUGGGGAUAUAGCUAGAGGGUAAUAGUAGGUUUAUAAACAACUAGUGGCAAAUAGUUACAGGGAGACAGUGGGUUUAUGGACACCUAGAGGGUGAUAGCUAGAGGUAAAUAGCUAGAGUGAGAUAGUGGCUGUAUUGACAGCUGGAGGGAGAUAGCUAGAGUUAGAUAUCUACAGGGAGAUAGCUAGAGGGACACAUAGCCAGAGGGAGAAAGCUAGAGGGAGAUAUUGUUUUUUGACAGCUAUAGGGAGAUAGCUAGAGGAGAUAGGGUGUAAUUAACACCUAGAGUUAAAUAGCUAGAGGGAGAUUGUGGUUUUAUUGACAACUAGAUGCAGAUAGUUAGAGGGAGACAGUGUGUUUAUUGACAGCUGAAGGGAGAUAGUGGGUUUAUUGACAGCUAUAAGGAGACAUUGGGUUUAUUGAUAGCUAUAGGGAUAUAUUUAGAGAGAGAAAGUGGGUUUAUUGACAGCUAGAGGGAGAUAGUGGGUUUAUUGACAACUAGAGGUAGAUAGCUAGACAGAGAUAGUAGGUUUAUUGACAGCUAGAGGGAGAUAGAGGGUUUAUUGACAGGUAGAGGGAGAUAACUAGAAUGAGAUAUUGGUUUUAUUGACAGCGAUAGGGAGAUAGUUAGAGGGAGAAAGUGGGCUCAUUGACAGCUAGUGUGAGAAAGCUAGAGGGAGCUAGCUAGAGGUAGAUAGCUAGAUGGAUACAGCUAAAGGGAGACCGCUAGAGGGAAAUAGUUAAAGAGAGAAAGUGAAUUAAUUGACAGCUAGGGGGAUCUAACUAGAGGGUGAUAGUGGGUGUAUUGACAGCUAUAUAGAUAUAGUUAAAGGGAGAAAGUGGGCUUAUUGACAGCUAGAGUGAGAUAGCUAGGGGGAGAUAGUGUUUUAUUGACAGAUAAAGAGAUAUGGUGGAUUUAUUUACAGCUAGAGGGAGAUAGCUAGAGGGAGUUAGUGGGUAUUUUGACAGCUAGAGGAAGAUAGUGGGUUUAUUGACAGAUAAAGGGUUUAUUGACAGCUAGAGGGAGAUAGUGGGUUUAUUGACAGCUAGAGGGAGAUAGUGGGUUUAUUGACAGCUAGAGGGAGAUAGUGGGUUUAUUGGCAGCUAGAGGGAGAUUGUGGGUUUAUUGACAAUUAGAGGGAGAUAGUGGGAUUAUUGACAACUUGAUGGAGAUUGUUAGUGCUAGGUAGGUUCUGGCCUUUCUAGGGAGUUUUAGAGAGAUAGUGGAUGUAUUGACAGCUAGGGGGAAAUAGCUACAGAGAGAUAGUGAGUUUAUUGACAGCUUGAAGGAGAUUGGAUAGUGGGUUUAUUGACCGCUAGAUGGAGUUAGCUAGAGGGAGAUAGUGGGUUCAUUGACAGCUAGAGGGAGAUAGUUGGUUUAUUGACAGCUUAAGGGAGAUCGUGGAUUUCUUGGGAGCUAGAGGGAGACAGCUCCAGGGAGAUAGCUAGAGGGAGAUUGUGGUUUUAUUGACUGAAUGAUGGAGAUAGCUAGAGGUAGAUAGUGGUUUUAUUGACAGCUAGAGAGAUAUAGCUAGAGGGAGAUAGUGGGCUUAUUGACAGCUGAAGGGAGAUAGCUAGAGGGAGAUAGUAGUUUUACUGUCAGCUAGCGGGAGAUAGCUACAGGGAGAUAGUGGGAUUAUUGACAAUUAGAGGGAGAUAGUGGGUUUAUUGAUAACUAGAUGGAGAUAGUUAGAGCGAGGUAGGCUCUGACCAUUCUAGGGAGUUUUAGGGAGUUUUUCCUAGCCACUGUGCUUCUACAUCUGCAUUGCUUGCUGUUUGAGGUUUUAGGCUGUGUUUCUGUACAGCACUUUGUGACAUCGGCUGAUGUAAAAAGGGCUUUAUAAAUAGAAUUGGAUUUAUGGAUGUAGAAGCUAGAGGGAGACACUAUGUUAAUUGACAGCUAGAGGGAGAUAGUGGGUAUAUUGACAGCUAAAAGGAGAUAGCUAGAGGGAGAGAGUGGGUGUAUUGACAGGUAGAGGGAGAUAUAUACAGGGAGAUAGCUAGAGGGACACAGCUAGAGGGAGAUAGCUCGAGGGAGUUAGCCAGAUGGCGAUAGUGGGUUUAUUGACAGCUAGAGGGAGAUAGUUGGUUUAUUGACAGCUUAAGGGAGAUAGUUGAUUUAUUGAUAGCUAGAGGGAGAUACAGUAGCUAGAGUGAGAUAGCGAAGUGGAGAUAGUAGGUGUAAUGACAGCUAGAGGGAGAAAGUGGGUUUAUUGACAGCUAGAGAGAGAUAUCUAGAGGUAGAUAGUGGAUUAAUUGACCGCUAGAUGGAGACGGUGGGUUUAUAAUCCCCUCAAGAAAAAAAACGUCCCGCGUCUGAAUCUAGCUGAUGAUCCCUGUUGUAGGCUAUCUAUUGCUUAUCUUCUCCAAUGGUAAUUUAUUAUCAAGCUUUAAGAGAUUUGGAUCGGUCCUAAGAGACUUAAGGUGUUGUAUUAUUUUGUGUAAUAAGAUCCAUAUUUUAUUCCACAGAUCUUCCUGAACAAACCCAUUCGGAGUGGAUGACAGUACUGUAGAAUGGAUGAAGGAACAGUCGAACAGGAAAGUUGUAGUUACUAGCUCUUGGUGGACAAUAUCUAAAUGACAAGGGCUGGUGUCACCACAACCAGCUCCGGUCCACAGACCCGUGAAGUGCCCAGCCUCGACCCCAGCCUGCACCUCUCAGGGGCCUCCUACUGAUCCAACCCCAGCCUGUACCGAACUCUCAGGGGCCUCCUACUGCCCCAACCCCAGCCUGCACCUCUCAGGGGCCUCCUGCUGCCCCAACCCCAGCCUGCACCGACAUCUCAGGGGCCUCCUGCUGCCCCAACCCCAGAGGGAUGAACCGUGUUGGUGUUGCGGGCGGGAUCUGAAUCCGGCUCUCCCACGGGAGAAACCAACUUCUUUACCGUUAGCCCAAUAGGAAAUUCCCUUUUGACUGUGAGCCUGACUCACGUUCGAUACAUUGGCGCUAUGGAGGAAGAUAUACCACCCCUCUUAGAGCCAGACAUCCUGACACCAGCCUGCCCCAGCCUUAGCCGCAGACGGAUGUACAGGCUCUGUUCUACGGAGGCCAUACCACCCCUCCCAGACACCCAGCCUAAACCUGCACUCACCUCCCAGGGCCCAGAGCCCCACUGCUGCCCAGGUCUUAGCCCCAGCCCUGGCCCCGGCUCCAUGGAGCCCAUAUCGCCUAAGCCAAAUACCCAGACAGAGAACAGCAUCACUGACCCUGGCACACUUGUCUUAAUCCACCCCCCACAGGGGCCAGUGGCCCCUCAUCGCCCCUGCCCCAGUCACAAACGGAUACAUGGUGUUGGUAUUGGUAUCAGUGUUGGCCCUAUGGAACCUAUACCCCCUCACUCAAAUACCCAGGCCAGUGUCACUGACCCUGACACACUUAACCUAAUCCAGGAGACGCGACAGAUGCGACAGAUUACCCAAAAAAGUGACACAGUGGAGGGCAAUGUGACUGACUGUCACUGUGACACACAUGUCUUAAUGCUAGUCACCCAGGAUCCGGUGACAGGACUCUUACACCACCAGCACCAUGUUAGGACAGAGAAAGAGGACAUGGCCCAGUCAGAGGGACUAGCACCAGGCUAUCAUGAUGCUACACCACCACCUGUUGAUGCUUAUUGGGUCUUAUGUGAUAGCAUCACUAGUGUGACACAUGAUGGGACAGAGGGAGCUAGUUUAAAGUCCUCAGAGGAAAACAAUGACAGUCCUAACGAGUUGUGGCUGGACGCCUGCCAGUAUCAGACCCUGGCAGCUGAGGAUGGGGAGGGGGAAGAAGGUGCUAUUUUGGGUGGGGACGAGUGGGGCCUUUAUCCUAUCAGAGGCAGCGGUGUCACAGAAUGUCCGGACAACACAAAGGAGUCGGGUUUCCUACUGGGAACGGACGCUGCUAUUGGUCAGGGAGGCUGUGAUUCGGACCAGUGGUUGUCUGUGCCACCUUUUGAUAGGUCUGUGUCCACUGACAGCUGGUAUAGCACGUUCUCCGACUGGGCUGUCAUAGUUCCUGGAGGAGGACCGCGACCCGAAGACUUUACAGGAACAGCUGCACUCACACAGAAACAGGGACAGGCACAAGCAUAUCCACAGACACCCAUGGCCAUCCAACACCAGGCAGUGGAGCCACGAGCCAGCACAGAGAGCCCCAUCCUCGCUGGGCCAGAAGAGCUACUGGAAGUGGGUAGCCUCCAGGACAGGGAAGGGGAAGGGGAAGACACCCAGACAGAGGAGUCCCACAGCGGGUGCAUAUCAUCAGCAGGGCAGGGAGAUCAGGAGCCUGUUGGAGAGCUGGUGAUCACUGAGGAUGACUGCUCUGCCUAUCCCACAGAUAGCCACUCAACCCUGGGUUCAUCGUCUGACACACUGGCCUUUCCCACCACCAAACUCUACGGGCUGGUGAUCAAUACGACUGAGGCAGUGCUGACUCCUCCGCCCAUGUCCUUUUCCUCAUCCGCCUCGGGUGCUGCUCCUGUGGGGAGAGAUGUGUUGGAAAUGGAAACAGACAUUGAUAUUAGCCACAAGAGAGACAGUUAUUUACUAGAGGACAGUGUUGGCAGAUUUCAGAACCAGCACCUUAGAGAUGCAGUGCGGAAUGUGACAGAAAAUAAUGUCUCCCAGCUGGGCGGCUUGUUCAUUGAGGGGGAAGAUGAAGAAAGAAGUUAUGGGUCGGUGAGCGUCUCCGGUUACCCUUCCAGUAGCAAGGCACAUCAGGUGGAGCAUCUGUGUGGCGACAAGAGACAUCAACAGUCAUUUAAGAAGUUUCAAUGUACCACAGACUCUGACAGGAACACAUACUUGACGGCACACAGAGACACACCGUCCCGAGGCACUAAGGUGGACAUACAUGUGUCCCCCAACACAGACAGGAAGGACCUCCAGGAGACAGAGGGGAAGAGGCCACAGUGGGGGAAUCCACCAUUUUUAAUGCCUGUUAUGCCUUUAGCUCCUCUGAGUCUCAGCGUGGGCCGAUCUCUCUUUUGCCGGACGAACAGUGCUUUGGAAGGGGAUAUCAUCCAAGCCAGUCCUAAGAGCUCACUACUCAAUGAACAGAAAGGUCAGAGUUGUGGGUUUAUACAAUCUAAUGUGCCCCGACUGCCCGUUUUGCCCGCCUGUUUCCGAGGGAAGUUUGAUAAGAAGACACCUGUGGUAAACAAAGAGGAAAAACUGUUGUUGACGAAAACAAAGAGGAAUACAGGUUCUAGAGAUACAACAUCAGAGGACAAAGGUGGAAAGUUGACUAUUUGCUCUGGGUGGAAUCUGAACAGGGACUUUCCAGCAUCGUCUUCGUCAAGUGAGGAAUCAACAGCAUCUUGGUCUCUUGACAGAAAGAAAAACAUCACAGUCCCACAUGAGGUCAGCUCCCUCGGUAAAGAACUCUCCAACUAUAUCAUUGUGACCGGUGAUCACUUGAUGAUCUCAGAGAAGGAACGUGUUGCAUACUUAACUCUAGACCAGGAGAACCCGCUAGACUCCAGAACGUCCUUGUUGAAACAAAUACAAUCAGACAGAAAUAAAGAACCCAAUCACUGUGUUACAGCAGACGUAAAGAAAGGCUCCAAGAUGCCUCAUAAAACCAGAACACACUCCAAAAAAGACAAGCCAGCUGUGGUUCACCAUCUGGCCCCACCAACCUCCAAAACACAAGAGAACCUACCGCUCGGAUCUAACAUUAAAUGUGGUCCCCUAACAACACGCGAGGAUGGCGACGAUGGAUCUGUGACUGUCAAAGAGACUAUCGUCAUAACAGAGAACGUUAACACCAAAGGCCACGCCCACGGGAAGAAGAAGAAACACUCUGGGAAACACUCCCAGAAUGCAACAGUGAAGAGCGAGGGGGUAGAGCCCCUGGUUGAGGUGGAGAACAGGGCUAAACAGAAGACUGCUACCAAUGGGAAAAUAGACACCUUUGUUGCCAAAUUUGGACCCAAGGCUGGGAAAACCAAAGAUAAGACUACAGCAGCUCUGCCUUGUAAGAAGGACAGUGUUCAUUCAGACAGCGCUCAGAAACAACCUGGUGUGAAAUCUUUGGUUGACGCUUCUGUCAUCAGCCAAGGUGCCACAGUGAGUGACCCUUCCUCCAAGGUGCCCCAGUCUACCAUCCCCAUUGGCCAGCAGCCCAAUGAUGAUGUCAUCAAGCGGCGCCGUCUGUCUGAGGACAAGUUUGGUAAACACGAACCCAAGGCUGCUGUUGAGACAACUCGUAGGAAGGCCUACAGCGAUGUACUGAAACAGAGAACACAUCAUGCACCAAAAGAAGUGCCCAGAGUGGUGCAGCGGAUCCAGGCAGUGGCUGUCAGUGGCGAUCCUCAGAGUCUCAGUCUAGGGUGUCAGUUCACGGCUGUCUUUACUGACUACACCGUCACCUGGACCAGAGAGGGGGCAGUGCUGGCUGAGAUCAAGAGAAGUGCUGGAGAUGAGAGCAGAGUGUGCCUCACCAUCACCAAGGCCUCCAAUAAAGAUCUGGGGAAGUACCGCUGUAGUCUCCUCUGUUCCCAUGGCUCUGUCAUCCUGGACUACCUCCUCACCUACGAGGUGCUGAGUGAGAUUGUCAUCCUGGCUCAUCCCCAGAAAAACACCACAGCUGCUCCCACUGAGCUAGUAGGCGAAGAGGAGGAUGUGAAAUGUUCCUGUCUGUUGUUCAAAGAGGACUUCCUGUCAGAGCAGUACUUUGAUAAGAACCAGCCAGCCAGUCUGGUGACAGAGAAGGAACACUUUGGAGAGGGUAUGCACCGAAGGGCCUUCCGGACCAGGCUCAAGGCCGGUAUGGUGCCCGUCUUCACCCAGGGCCACCACUGUGUGCUCAAGGUACACAACGCUAUCAGCUACGGGACCCAGAACAACGAGGAGUUGGUUCAGAAAAACUAUAACCUGGCCGUGGAGGAGUGCCAUGUUCAGAACACAGCCAGAGAGUACAUCAAGGUCUGGACAGCCGUGGCCCAGGCACAGGAAGCCUUCGGAGAAGUUCCAGAGAUUAUACCAAUAUACCUGGUCCACCGUCUGUCUAACGACAUCCCGUAUGCCACCCUGGAAGAGGAGCUGAUGGGGGAGUUUGUCAAGUACUCUGUUCGGGACGGAAAGGAGAUCAACCUAAAGAGGAAUGACUCAGAGGCAGGACAGAAGUGUUGUACCUUCCAGCACUGGGUCUACCACAAGACUGAGGGUAACCUGCUCGUCACUGACAUGCAAGGAGUUGGCAUGAGAUUGACAGAUGUUGGAAUAGCCACGUGUAAGAAAGGAUACAAGGGGUUCAAGGGGAACUGUGCCACGUCAUUCAUUGAUCAGUUCAAAGCCUUGCAUCUGUGCAACAAGUACUGUGAGAUCCUUGGACUCAAGUCUUUACAGCCAAAACCCAAAAAGACUGUGGUUCCUAAACCCAAGCCAACUCAACCUGCCACAAAGACUAAAAAGACUAUCGGACCCACCCUGAAGAGCAAAUCCUGAUAGGAGGAGGGCCUUUACAUUUUAAAAUUGUCUCAUUCAGAUAAGAAUCAAUUUUUACAAGAGAGACCUGAUAGUAGACCUAACAGAUUUGAUACUGGGGAAUAUCGCCCAAUGAAUAAACCUGAUCUACAAUACACUAGAGCGCUACCCGGACACGGGGGGGUUGUCUAUCUGGUGUAUAAAGAGACUGUUGGGUCAAAGGCAGUACGGCUGUAUGAAUAAAUGUACUGAAGAUGACCUGAAGUGUUGUAGCCGUCUGCCAGUACUCUUCAGUCAAUCUACCUGGAGAGGAUCUGCUGCUGUCAACCAUGAAGGGCUUGUCUCAUUCACUUGAAUAGGUUCUCAUGUAUUUCUCACGCUGUGAUGAAGCUGUGAUGAUUAGAACGAAGAGGUAGUAUAAUCAGAGAUAAUACGUUUCUACCAUCUCUGGUAGUGUUUCUGUCUUUGAUGAGGUAGCAUAGCUACAGGCUAUGUUGUUUCUUCUGUGUUUAGUUAGUUUUCUUUUAGUGUAUUUCAUUUUUUUGUACUUUUUGUGGACACAUUUAAACAUUUGUUUUAAGAAAAUGUGUAAAACAUAAUUAUUGUGUAAGAACAUAGACACUGCAAGAAAAUUAUAUAAAUCAUAGGACUACAAUUUUAUGCAUUUUCUAUGAUGUACAUGAUGAGUGAAAAUCUAUAUUUAUAUAUUUGUGUUACAUGCGUUUCUUUUUGAUUUUGUCUUUUGUUGUUGUAAGGUAACUAGAGGUUGCCAAUAGAUGUACUUUGAAAUUAUGUAUAACAGAUAUUUAAGAUGUACAGUAUCAAACUGAAAAAUAUAUGAUGGUACGGUAAUGGUACAUGUAUGGUACUGCAAAUAGCAGCGAUAUGGUAGUAGCCUGCAGCACAGAUACAGUGACAGAAUAAUGAAGGACCAGUCAGAGUGAGAGUACACUUCUUCGCCCCCUGAGAUCUCCUCCUCUUGACAUCCCAAGCCAGCUGUCUGAUGUGCUUGGCCCGGACAGAAUGCCUCCAGCUACGCUACCCCUGCAGUCUGCCUCAGAGAUGAAACGACUCAAUAUCGCCAUCUGCUGGCUUUUUGGACUACCUCAGCGCUAGGCUACAGUAAACAAUGUCCGCCAUGUCUGAGUAAUCCUCCAGCUGAUGUAUUAAUUCAUACUGUCUCUCAGAUUCAAUACAAAACAAAUGAUCCAUAUCACCAUAUGGAUAUUAGGUUAUAUGUAAUCGGAUAUUGCCUUUUCCAUUAGAGUGUAAUACUUCUCUGGAGCCUUGCGCUUGAUGUUUGAUAAGUUAGAUAUUAUCGUGUGAUGUCGGUGGUGCAGCACACUCAAGUGAAUGUAACUCAUGUAGGGCCCCGAUACCGAUUUAUGAAUGUAUGUUUUUUCUAAACACUUCUCAGUAUUUGGUAUUCAGACUUAACAUAUUCAGUUGCCUCUGCCGGUGUGGCUACCUUGUACCAGUUGCCUCUGCCGGUGUGGCUACCUUGUACCAGUUGCCUCUGCCGGUGUGGCUACCUUGUACCAGUUGCCUCUGCCGGUGUGGCUACCUUGUACCAGUUGCCUCUGCCGGUGUGGCUACCUUGUACCAGUUGCCUCUGCCGGUGUGGCUACCUUGUACCAGUUGCCUCUGCCGGUGUGGCUACCUUGUACCAGUUGCCUCUGCCGGUGUGGCUACCUUGUACCAGUUGCCUCUGCCGGUGUGGCUACCUUGCGCGCUCUGAAUAAAUGUCAUUCAUCCACUGAAAACACUCCACUUGCUGGCCAACAGAUUUUCUCGUGAACUUUUAUUCAAUGGGGUUUUCAGUACAUGUAUCUUAAACCAUCCCUUUAAACACAGAAUAUACUGUAGAAAUCAAUGAAAGACAGCCAUCUAUGCAUAUUUGUUUCUGUUUCAGCACCAACUGGUAGAUUUAAAAAUACGUUGAUCUUGUAGAUUAUUUAGGCACAUUUGGCGGUUAGGAAAUAGCCUAUGUAUGAAUAAAAUAAAACAGUUUGGAGAGCCAUUUAUGCACAGAAUGUAUUGAUGAAUAAAAUAAAACAGGUUGGAGAGCCUUUAUGCACAGAAUAUAUUGAUGAAUAAAAGAUACAGUGGUUUGAUUCAUCCUGAAAGUUGUCAUAGUCAAGUUCACAAUAAGGGUUGAACAAUAAAAUCCAGCCUAAUUCUCACUAAUCAUCAACGGUCCAGUCAUGUUGAACCGUGCGCCAGGCUCCAGGUUUAACCUGCUAUGUGCGGGCUGAGUUCUAGACUAAUGCAAACAGGCUACGUUACGUGGCCCCCAAUUAUUGCACAACGUUAGCCUAAUAUAAUACUAGCGAGCCUCAGGAACAGUUUACAAGGACGUGACAGAGGAAAGAAAGGUAAAUGUAAUGGAAUGAUGCAAAAAUAAAUAUAUGUGGAUAUUACUGACGGUGGCUAACGAUAGUGGCUAAUAUUUAACAUGAUACAAAUUGUAAAAUAAAACAGAAAAACCCGGGCAUAUAAUCCAAACAUUAUAAAACGCGUACAUCAACUCGGCAGUUUCAGCCCUUCAGAAGCCUAUAGCUUGGCUCUCCACAUUUCAUCCCAGAAAAUCACGAGGGCACGCAAUUAAAAUCGGAAUGGCACAGCUAUUUAUGUCCUAUUUCAAUGUGGCCACAAUACAUUUCAUGUUGAUAUGAUUUUCAGUUUGCUUCCAUAUGGCUAGUUUCACAAUCCACUUCUCCAAACGGAUUACUAAAUUAUUUAGGUCUUAUAAAUGUAUCAAUUAAGGUGCAUGGAGAAUGCUGUUAUUUCUAUUUGAAGAAAAAAAAGCAGAUGCUUUUUCCCACUUGGAGUGGAGGCUGCUGAGGGAAGGACGGCUCAUAAUAAUGGCCUGAAAUGGAGCUAAUGGAAAUGGCAUCAAACACCUGGAAACCAUGGAAACCAUGUGUUUGAUGUAUUUGAUACCAUUCCACAGAUUCCACUCCAGCCAUUACCAUGAGCCCCUCCUCCCCAAUUAAGGUGCCACCAACCUCCUGUGACCGAUUGUCUGAAAACCAAUGGCCCCAUUAACACUGUAGGCUCCCUCUUUGUGUCCCAGGAAGUGUUGUUUUUCUGCCUAGUGAUUCUCACUGAAACACUAAACUUUAUUGGAAUUUAAAUUUCCGAAGUGUGAAAGGUCAUGUCCUACAGCCAUUAAACUGGACACCAAAGACCAACUCAUGUCCUACAGCCAUUAAACUAGACACCAAAGACCAACAUUAUGUAAGUAGAGACAUGUUUUUAAUUUGGUUACAUUGACAACAACAUAGACAGCACAGAGGACGCAACACCGUUUUCCUCCAGCAUCACAUGAAAACACAAUGGGUCAUGUAUCUCGGUCUCUAAAAGAUGUCUGUGCAUUAGUAACACGGUAUAACGUGUAGGCAGAGAAGGAAAUGGGUCAGCAAGCAUCUGAAGCUUCAUGUUU